CUGUCUUGUUUCCUUCCAUCUAGUGUCUGCUCUCCAUACUGCACCCUCCGUAUUAUCGGUCCCGUUAUUCUAGUGAUCCUCCUGAAGGGAGAAAUCCCGGACUGAGCAUGUGCGAAAUGUCACUUCCUGUCCAUGGAACACGUUUCCUGUUUUCAGCCAUUUUAGAUCGGAUUCCAGCAGAUUCUCCGUCUCCAUCCUGAACACACGACCACCAGAGGAUGUUCUCCGUGUCACACCACACAGGUGAAUGGACGGGAUUUGUUGGUCUUCAGAAGCACAACUGAGUCACGCACGUUGGAGACAAGUCCAUAUGGAUGUUCUGAGAGACUGAAAGACUACAGAUCGUUGGAGGAUUCCCACAGGACACAAGUCAUAUGUGUGUUCUAAACGUCGUAAAUGUUUUGAAUACUCAUCGUGGAUCCAGCCUCAGAGGACAGGAGCCAAGUCUUCCGUGGAAGUGACGAUGGCUUUACAAUAAAGUCAGACCCAUACAUACCCGAGAGACGUCCCACAAUAGAAAAGAUAUAUCGUCUUUGGAUUGUAACAACGUUUUUACAAUGGAAUCAAAUCUUAUCGGGCACCAGAAGGUUCACACAGAAGAAAAUCCAUAUCAGUGCCCUGAAUGUGGCAAAUCUUUUAACCAGAAUUCACAUCUCGUGAGGCACAAGAGGGUCCACACCGGAGAGAAACCAUAUCCGUGUUCUGAAUGUGAUAAAUCUUUUGCGGGGAAGGGCGAUCUUAUCAAACACGAGACCAUUCACACCGGAGUGAGGCCGUAUCCAUGUUCUGAAUGUGACAAAUCUUUUAGGCUGAAGGCGCACCUUCUCAUACACGAGAGGGUCCACACCGGGGAGAAGCCAUAUCAGUGCGGUGAAUGUGACAAAUCUUUUAGCGUGAGGUCACAGGUUGUAGCGCACCAGAUGGUCCACACCGGAAAGAAACCAUUUCAGUGUACCGUGUGUAACCAAACGUUUCGAAGGAAGGAGGCGCUGACCAGACACCAGAGGAUUCACACCGGAGAGAAUCCGUAUCAGUGCUCCGAAUGUGAUAAAGCUUUUCGAGCCAAGUCAAAUCUUACCAUACACCAGAGGAUUCAUACGGGGGAGAAACCUUAUCGGUGCUGCGAGUGCGAUAAAGCUUUUGCAAGGAGGGAAGAUUUUGUCAAACACAAGAAAUGUCACAAAAUUGCAACAAAAGUGUAUCCAUGUUCUGAAUGUGACAAAGCUUUCAAAGCGAAGAAGAGCCUUAUCGCCCACCAGGUAGUCCACACCGGAGAGAAGCCCUACACUUGUUCUGAAUGUAAUAAAAGCUUUGCAACAAAGUCCUAUCUUACCAUACACCAGAGGUUUCACACCGGAGAGCGGCCGUACCCGUGUCCUGACUGUGACAAAGCUUUUGCAGUGAAGACUCAUCUUCUCAGACACCGGAGAGGUCACACCGGACAGCAGCCACAUCAGUGUUAUGAAUGCGAUAAAUCUUUUAGAGGAAAGUCGGAGCUCAUCAAACACCAAAGGAGUCACAGUCUUACAUUUUGGCUACAAAGCGGAAACUCUGGGAGAAAAUAGAGUGUUAAAAAGAGUAGCAGAUACCCCCAAAACCCUAUCAGAAAUGUUUAUCGCAGCAGUUGCACGUCCCGUGUCAUGCCCCAAGCUAAUGGAAAAGUGAAACGGUAGAAUGCUACAAUCUGUGAGAAAACCGGAAUGAAAUGGACGAAUGUAUGGAGUUUACCAUUUAGGUCUACCAGACACAUCUAGAAAGCUUUUUUGACCAUCAAAGGCUGAACUCUGGUCUCAUUCUUUCUUUAUUGCUGAAUAUGUAUUUUACACUAAUUGACCUUCACCCCCCAAGUGUUUCCUUCAUUGCCAGAUCUUGCCUCAGUACCAGAGACUUGGUAGUAGUCAAGUGGUCUGUUGCCAAGUCUCCAUAGCCUUGUUGGAAGAGAUCUUCCCAGGUUCUGAUCACUAUUGCUACGUCAUUGUAGCUCUAUGGUUCCAGGUAAACCCAUCUGUAACGGCACCCCAAAUGGGAAAGAGGUUAACGCCGUUUAGGAUAUUCCAAUCCCGAACACAAGGCAGCUACCGACACCCAACAAUCAGGCAAACAAACCCCAUAAGAAUUCCCCCCCCCCCACUAACGAGACACACAGCUCUGUUUGAGGUUCAAAACUGGGUAUGCCUUUAAUGAGAAAUACAGGCUCUUAUAUACAAUUUAGGAUACCACAGGAGAUAUGGCCUGGAUCCACCCACAACAUCACACAAUGGUACCGAACGAGCCCCCCCCAAUACACAUCAUCCUCAAUACACCUCUUUAGCAGACAUCCUGUCUCCAGGGCCUGACCUAAUUUACAUGAGCUAAUUAAUUACAGCUGAUGACUCAGACACCUCACCUUUAGGCUUCCCAGUCUGGCUGUCUGUUAACUUACAAUACACAUUAUCACAGGACUUCACACAAUACAGGGUCAAUUAGCACAAGCCACAAUGAAAGAUC